UCUCUCUAUAAAUACUCUUGCUUCCUGGCUUCAGUUUUCUGUUAUUGCAAAAGAUAAUCAAAGCGUUCAUUAAUGGCUGCAGAUGUUACUUCUUUCCUCGGACUCAGACAAGAACCGAGCUCAAACUCAGAAAUUUUGAUCACCAAAGACUUGCUCGGAGGCCUCUCCAAGAUUUCUAACUCAGAAUCGGAUCUGGGUUUAAAGCAUUUUAUGGUGCAGCAGAAUGAACAACGAGUGAGAUGCAAGUCACCAAACACACCAUUAUCAUCCAUUUCAGCAUCAGAAAACUCCGAAAACAAGAGGAAUCAUCCUCAGGAAACAAACCCAGAUGCAGAUUUCCAGGACUUGAAUUAUCCACCAUGUUCAGCAACAUCACCACCGCAACAAACACAUCAAAUCAACCAUUUCCUGGAAGAAACUUGCCUGGAUUUGAAGCUGCAAUCCUCAAACCAUUACCAAAGUGUUUGCACUCUCGACAAGGUCAAAUCCGCUCUGCAAAGAGCCGAAAAACAGAACCUGGAAAAGAAAAGACCUUAUUCUUCUCCUUCUCCUUCGCCAGGGCCCUUAAAUUCAUCAUCUUCAUCUUCAGGUCCUGGAAUGUUUGCAGCAGGCUGCCCUGGUUGCCUGCUUUAUGUAAUCACAUUAAAAACAAAUCCCAGAUGUCCUCGUUGCAACGCCACCGUGCCGUCUCCGGUGGCGGUGAAGAAGGCGAAAAUUGAUCUGAAUUCAUCGUUUUGAAGAUUGAUGUCAUUAUCUUCCUGUAUAGUGAUUAAGAAUGGUUUUUAAAGGGUAAAUUAGGUUCAGGAAUAUGGGUAUUAUUUAUUUAUUUAUAGAUAGAUUAGAUAUGAUUAAUUGGGUUAUUUAGAUUUAGGUUUAAAUUUGGUGUAAUUUGUCGAAUUUUGAUUGUAUGAUUUAUACUUGGCAUAAUUUUUAUUUUUUUGAAAUUGGUUUUGCCAGCCAUAUUUAUUGAAUGUUGAAAUAUUAAAGAAGGGCAGUCGUUUCUUCUGA